AUGAAGACAAAGCCUAUGUCCCACAAGACGGAGAACACGUACAGGUUUCUUACAUUUGCUGAACGAUUGGCGAAUGUGAAUAUUGAUAUUAUUCACCGGAUUGAUAGAACUGCAAGCUAUGAUGAGGAAGUCGAAACCUACUUUUUUGAGGGUCUGCUGAAAUGGAGAGAAUUGAACCUUACAGAACACUUUGGAAAAUUUUACAAAGAAGUUAUUGACAAGUGCCAGUCCUUCAAUCAGUUGGUCUAUCAUCAAAAUGAGAUAGUUCAGAGUUUGAAGACUCACCUGCAAACCAAGAACAGUUUUGCUUAUCAGCCCCUUUUGGAUUUGGUUGUACAGUUGGCACGAGAUCUGCAGACGGACUUUUAUCCACAUUUUCAGGAUUUUUUCCUGACCAUCACCUCAAUCCUGGAGACUCAGGACACAGAGUUACUAGAAUGGGCUUUCACCUCACUGUCCUAUCUUUACAAGUACCUGUGGAGACUGAUGGUGAAGGACAUGUCCAAUAUAUACAGCAUGUAUAGUACACUUCUGGCUCAUAAAAAACUACAUAUAAGAAACUUUGCUGCUGAAAGUUUUACUUUUUUGAUGAGAAAGGUUUCUGAUAAAAAUGCGCUUUUCAAUUUAAUGUUUCUUGAUCUUGAUGAACAUCCGGAAAAAGUAGAAGGAGUUGGACAGUUGCUCUUUGAAAUGUGCAAAGGAGUUAGAAAUAUGUUUCAUUCCUGUACAGGGAAGGCAGUGAAGCUAAUUUUGCAAAAACUAGGACCAGUUACUGAAACAGAAACUCAGCUACCAUGGAUUUUAGUUGGAGAAACACUCAAAAACAUGGUCAAAUCCAUUGUGUCCUACAUCUACAGGGAACAUUUUGGUCCACUUUUUGAAUGUUUGCAAGAAUCACUCUUGGAUCUACAUAGAAAAAUAACCACAACGAACUGUGGGGAAAGUUCUGAACAGAUAAGAAGGUUGUUAGAAACAUAUCUAAUACUUGUGAAACAUGGAAAUGGAUCAAAGAUAACCAAACCUGUUGAUGUUUGUGAGGUAUUAUGUCAAACAAUACACAUAGCCAAUCUUUCCACAACUUGCCGGGAGACACUCUUGGCUGUAAUUUCUGCUUUGAUCCUGGGUGAAAAUGUUUCCUUGCCAGAGACCUUUAUCAAAGAAACCAUACAGAAAAUUUUUGAGAGUGGAUUUGAAAGACGUCUAAUUUUGGAUUUUUCUGAAGUCAUGUUUGUUAUGAAGCAGUUUGAGCGGCUUUUUCUACCCAGCUUUCUCUUAUACAUUGAAAAUUGCUUCUUGAUUGGUGAGGCUGCUGUCAAAGAUGAAGCUCUGGCCAUUUUGGCCAAGCUCAUUCUGAACAAAGCAGCACCUCCUACUGCUGGCUCGAUGGCAGUUGAGAAGUACCCUCUGCUUUUCUCACAACAGACGGUGGGAUCGUGUGUAAGGCAGAAGAAGACUAGAUCCAAGGGAGGAAAAGAACAGAUCCCAGUGCUGGACCACCUCUUAUCUCUAAUUCAGUUACCUGCAAAUAAAGAUUCUACUUACCUUUCACAUUCUUGGGCAGCCCUUGUCGUGUUACCUCACAUCAGACCUCUUGAGAAAGAGAAGGUGAUACCAGUCGUCACAUGCUUCAUAGAGUCACUCUUCAUGAAUGUUGACAGAGAGAGUUUUGCAAAAGGAAACUUGUUUGUUCUUUGUCAAGCUGUAAAUACUAUGUUAAGUUUGGAAGAAUCUUCUGAAAUUCUGCAUUUGGUUCCUGUGGAACGUGUGAAGAAUUUAGUAUUAACAUUUCCUGUGGAGCCAUCUGUGUUGCUGUUAGCUGAUCUCUAUUAUCAGAGAUUAUCCUUAUGUGGCUGCAAAGGGCCACUUUCUGAGGAAGCUUUAAUGGAAUUAUUUCCCAGGUUACAAGCUAACAUUUCAACUGGCAUAUCCAAGAUUCGGCUUUUGACAAUAAGGAUCCUAAACCAUUUUGAGGUUCGACUUCCAGAACUGAUGGAGGAUGAUGGGCUCUCAGAGCGUCAGUCUGCCUUGGCUAUAUUACGCCAGGCAGAACUUGUUCCAGCAACCGUGAGUGAUUACAGAGAGAAGCUUCUUCAUUUGAGAAAACUAAGACAUGAUAUGGUGCAGGCUGCAGUCCCUGACGGGCCAUUACAGGAGGUGCCACUUCGUUAUUUAUUAAGCAUGUUGUAUGUUAACUUCAGUGCCCUCUGGGAUCCUGUUAUUGAACUCAUAAGUUCUCAUGCACAUGAAAUGGACAAUAAGCAAUUUUGGAAAGUCUACUAUGAACAUCUAGAAAAAGCAGCUCUACAUGCUGAGAAAGAGCUGCAAAAUGAUGUAAGAGAUGAGAAGUCCAUUGGAGAUGAAAGUUGGGAGCAGCCUCAGGAAGGAGAUGUUGGAGCUCUUUAUCAUGAGCAGUUAACAUCAAAAACUGACUGUCAGGAAAGACUGGACCACACCAACUUCCGAUUUUUGCUCUGGCGAGCUCUGGCAAAAUUCCCAGAGAGGGUAGAGCCACGGUCCAGGGAGCUUUCCCCACUUUUCCUGAGAUUUAUCCACAACGAGUAUUACCCAGCAGACCUGCAGGUCGCUCCCACCCAGGAUCUGCGCAGGAAAGGGAAAGGGGUGGCCGUGGAGGAGACUGAAGAGGAACCCGAUGCUGGAGAUGACGAAGAGCUGGAGGAAGAAGUGGUGCCCAUGGGUGAGCCCUCACAGAAGAAAAAGACCAGAAGAGCUGCAGCAAAGCAGUUAAUUGCUCAUUUGCAAGUUUUCUCAAAGUUUUCAAAUCCACGAGCCUUAUAUCUAGAAUCCAAAUUAUAUGACCUGUAUCUUCAGCUGUUGCUACAUCAGGAUCAAAUGGUGCAGAAAAUAACCCUGGAUUGUAUAAUGACAUAUAAGCAUCCACAUAUCCUCCCUUACAGGGAAAACUUACAAAGAUUGCUUGAAGACCGAAGCUUUAAGGAAGAGAUAGUGCAUUUUAGCAUUUCUGAAGAUAAUGCAGUAGUGAAAACAGCCCACCGAGCAGAUCUGUUUCCCAUUCUGAUGAGGAUUUUGUAUGGCCGAAUGAAAAAUAAGACUGGGAGUAAAACUCAGGGGAAAUCUGCCUCAGGGACCCGCAUGUCCAUUGUUCUGAGAUUCCUUGCUGGGACCAAACCGGAGGAGAUCGAGACAUUCUUGGACCUGCUAUUUGAACCUGUGAAGCACUUCAAGAAUGGAGAAUGCCAUUCUGCAGUCAUUCAGUCAGUAGAAGAUUUGGAUUUGUCUCAAGUUCUUCCUUUAGGUCGUCAGCAUGGUAUCUUAAAUAGCCUUGAAAUAGUAUUGAAGAACAUUAGUCAUCUGAUCAGUGCCUACUUACCAAAGAUUUUGCAGAUACUGUUGUGCAUGACAGCAACAGUCUCACACAUCCUUGACCAACGAGAAAAGAUACAGCUCAGGUUUAUUAACCCGCUGAAAAAUUUAAGACGUCUUGGAAUCAAAAUGGUAACUGACAUCUUUUUGGAUUGGGAGUCUUACCAAUUCAGAACAGAAGAAAUUGAUGCUGUAUUUCAUGGUGCGGUUUGGCCCCAGAUCGGAAGGCUUGGAUCUGAGAGUCAGUAUUCUCCCACUCCUCUGCUGAAACUAAUUAGUAUCUGGAGCAGAAAUGCAAGGUAUUUCCCUUUACUGGCUAAACAGAAACCUGGGCACCCUGAGUGUGAUAUCCUGACCAACGUCUUUGCAAUUCUGUCAGCGAAGAAUCUCUCUGAAGCCACAGCCUCUAUUGUGAUGGAUAUAGCUGAUGACCUUCUUAACCUUCCGGAUUUUGAACCCACAGAAACACUUUCGAGCUUGCCAGUGACUGGAUGCGAAUACACCGAAAGGACAGAUGAGUCUAUCACAAUGGGAGCAAGAUUAAUUCUACCUCAUGUACCUGCAAUUCUCCAGUAUCUCAGCAAAACCACAAUAAGUGCAGAAAAGGUGAAAAAGAAAAAGAACAGAGCACAAGUCAGUAAGGAACUUGGCAUUCUGUCAAAGAUCAGCAAGUUCAUGAAAGACAAAGAACAAAGUUCUCUGCUCAUUACACUUCUCCUCCCUUUCCUCCACCGUGGCAAUAUUGCUCAGGAUACAGAGGUUGAUAUUUUGGUGACAGUACAAAACCUUUUAAAACAUUGUCUGGAGCCUACAAGCUUCCUCAAGCCUCUAGCAAAACUCUUCUCAGUUAUUAAGAAUAAAUUGUCAAGACAGUUGCUUUGUACAGUUUUCCAGACUCUUUCUGAUUUUGAGAGUGGAUUAAAAUACAUUACUGAUGUUGUCAAGCUUAACGCCUUUGAUCAAAGACAUCUUGAUGAUAUCAACUUUGAUGUUCGCUUCUCAGCAUUCCAGACAAUCGCCUCUUGUAUUAAAGAGAUGCAAACUGUGGAUGUUAACUACUUAAUUCUAGUCAUGCAUAAUUGUUUCUAUAAUCUGGAGUUAGGAGACAUGUCUUUAAGUGAUAAUGCCAGCAUAUGCCUGAUGAGUAUCAUCAAGAAGGUAGCUGCCUUGAACGUCACAGAGAAAGAAUACAGGGAAAUCAUUCAUCGUUCACUCCUGGAGAAAUUGAGGAAAGGAUUGAAGAGCCAGACAGAGAAUAUUCAACAGGAUUAUACCACAGUGCUUUCCUGUUUAAUUCAAACUUUUCCAAAUCAACCAGAAUUUAAAGAGUUGGUACAGCUUACUGAUUGCCAUGAUCCAGAAAUGGACUUCUUUGAGAAUAUGAAACACAUUCAGAUCCACAGAAGAGCAAGAGCCUUGAAGAAACUGGCAAAACAGCUAAUGGAAGGCAAAGUUAUGCUAUCUUCUAAAUCUCUCCAGAAUUACAUCAUGCCUUAUGCCAUGACUCCAAUUUUUGAUGAGAAAAUGCUCAAGCAUGAAAAUAUAACCAUUGCUGCCACAGAAGUUAUUGGAGCUAUUUGCAAACAUCUCUCUUGGUCAGCAUAUAUAUAUUACUUGAAACAUUUCAUUCAUGUCUUACAGACAGGACAGAUCAAUCAAAAGUUGGGUGUCAGUUUGCUAGUAAUAGUGUUAGAAGCAUUCCACUUCGACCACAAAACUCUUGAAGAACAAAUGAGAAAAAUUCAGAAUGAAGAAAACACAGUAGAAGUGAUUGAGUUGCCAGAGCAUGAAACCAUGGAAUUAGAGCAUAUGGAUGAGGAAGAGAAGGAAAACAAAUGUAAGAAUUUGUCAGACAACAACAAAGAACCGGGAAACCCCGAUCCAGCUGAAUGUCAAGGGGCAUCAGCUAAAGAACCUGAGUGUGUCACUGGGUCCAUCUCUUUCCUUCCUCGGAAUAAGGAAGAAUUGGAGAGAACAAUUAAAAAUAUCCAAGGAACCAUAACUGGGGAUAUCCUACCCAGGCUACAUAAAUGCCUGGCCUCUACGACUAAAAGGGAAGAAGAACACAAGCUCAUAAAAUCCAAGGUUGUGAAUGAUGAGGAAGUAGUUCGAGUUCCUUUAGCUUUUGCCAUGGUUAAACUAAUGCAGUCCCUUCCACAAGAAGUUAUGGAAGCUAACCUGCCGAGUAUUUUGCUGAAAGUGUGUGCCCUCCUCAAGAACAGAGCACAGGAAAUCAGAGACAUUGCACGCAGCACUCUAGCAAAAAUAAUAGAAGAUCUGGGUGUGCACUACCUACAAUAUAUUUUAAAAGAAUUACAAAGUACCCUUGUCCGUGGAUAUCAGGUCCAUGUGCUGACUUACACUGUUUAUAUGUUGCUGCAAGGCCUCACCAACAAGCUACAAGUUGGGGAUUUGGACUCCUGUUUAGAUAUAAUGAUUGAGAUUUUUAACCAUGAGUUGUUUGGUGCCAUUGCUGAAGAGAAGGAAGUGAAGCAGAUCCUCUCCAAAGUCAUGGAGGCACGAAGAAGCAAGAGUUAUGAUUCUUAUGAAAUCCUGGGCAAGUUUGUAGGGAAAGAUCAGGUUACAAAACUUAUCCUUCCAUUAAAAGAGAUCUUACAAAAUACCACGAGUUUAAAACUGGCCCGGAAAGUUCAUGAAACCUUGCGCCGAAUCAUAGCAGGGUUAAUUGUAAAUCAAGAAAUGACGGCAGAAUCCAUACUAUUGCUCAGUUAUGGGUUGGUCAGUGAAAAUCUUCCCCUGUUAACAGAGAAAGAAAAAAACCCAGCAGCCCCUGCACUGGAUCCACGUCUGCCACCCCAGAGCUGUCUUCUGCUCCCCCCAACUCCAGUUCGAGGUGGGCAGAAAGCUGUUGUGAGCAGGAAAACCAACAUGCACAUAUUUAUUGAGUCUGGACUCCGGCUGCUGCAUCUGAGUCUAAAGACUUCCAAGAUCAAGUCUUCAAGUGAACCUGUUCUGGAAAUGUUGGAUCCUUUUGUCUCUCUCCUCAUAGACUGCCUGGUUUCCAUGGAUGUGAAGGUGAUCACAGGUGCUUUACAGUGCCUGAUCUGGGUCUUGAGGUUCCCUCUGCCUUCCAUAGAAACAAAAGCAGAACAGCUGACAAAACACCUCUUCCUGUUGCUGAAGGACUAUGCAAAACUUGGAGCUGCCAGGGGCCAGAACUUCCACCUGGUGGUAAAUUGUUUCAAGUGUGUAACCAUAGUUGUGAAGAAAGUGAAGUCUUACCAGAUAACCGAAAAGCAGCUUCAAGUUCUACUAGCAUAUGCUGAAGAAGACAUUUAUGAUACUUCAAGACAGGCCACUGCAUUUGGUCUUCUGAAGGCCAUUUUAUCAAGGAAGUUGUUAGUCCCAGAAAUCGAUGAUGUCAUGCGGAAAGUAUCCAAGUUGGCAAUUUCUGCACAAAGUGAACCUGUCAGAGUCCAAUGCAGACAGGUUUUUCUGAAAUAUAUUCUUGACUAUCCCCUGGGUGACAAAUUGAGACCAAACUUGGAAUUCAUGCUUGCUCAACUCAAUUAUGAACAUGAGACCGGGAGAGAGUCUGCCUUGGAAAUGAUCUCCUAUCUCUUUGACACAUUCCCUCAGGGACUACUCCAUGAGAACUGUGGAAUGUUCUUUAUUCCUCUUUGUCUAAUGAUGGUGAACGAUGAUUCUGCCAUGUGCAAGAAGAUGGCAUCCAUGACAAUCAAAUCUUUACUCAGUAAAAUCAACCUUGAGAAAAAAGAUUGGCUCUUUGAUAUGGUUACCACCUGGUUUGGAGCAAAAAAGAGCUUAAAUAGGCAACUAGCUGCCCUCAUCUGUGGCUUGUUUGUGGAAAGUGAAGGAGUCUCUUUUGAGAGAAGACUUGGAACUAUUCUUCCUGUGAUUGAAAAGGAAAUUGAUCCUGAAAACUUUAAAGAUAUCAUGGAAGAGACUGAAGAAAAAGCUGCAGAUCGCCUUCUGUUUAGUUUUCUUACACUGAUUAGUAAACUCAUCAAGGAAUGUAAUAUUAUUCAGUUUACCAAGCCCUCUGAGACGCUGAAUAAAAUCUGGAGUUAUGUUCAUUGUCACCUGAGACAUCCACACAGCUGGGUGUGGCUCACUGCAGCCCAGAUUUUUGGAUUGCUCUUUGCCUCUUGCCAACCAGAGGAACUUACUAGAAAAUGGAAGUCUAAAACAACUAAAAAGAAGUUCUCAGAACCUGUAGCAGUAAGAUUUCUAACAAAUGACCUUGAACAAAAGAUGAAAAGUAUCUCCCUAGCCUCUUGCCAUCAGUUGCAUUCCAAGUUCUUAGAUCAAUCUCUAGGAGAACAGGUUGUUAAGAAUUUGUUAUUUGUAGCCAAAGUCUUAUAUUUAUUGGAAUCUGAUUCUGAGGAUGAGCAAGGUGAGAUAAAAGAAGACAUGGAAGAACAAGCAGCUUUGGGAGAUGGUGUAGCCAGAGAGAAAAUAAGAAAACGCAAGUCCUGUGCAGAUGAGGAGAUGGACUCUGACAAAGAAGAAAACAAGGAGGCAAAGGAAGAGCACAGCAAGCCAGCCACACUGCUGUGGUUGAUCCAGAAGUUGUCCUGGAUUGCAAAACUGGAAGCUGCCUACUCACCUAGAAACCCCUUAAAGAGAACAUGCAUCUUUAAGUUUCUUGGAGCUGUGGCAAUGGAUCUUGGAAUAGACAAGGUGAAGCCGUAUCUCCCAGUGAUCAUAGCUCCUUUGUUCCGAGAACUGAACAGCACCUAUUCAGACCAGGAUCCUCUGCUGAAGAAUCUAUCGCAGGAAAUCAUAGAAUUACUCAAAAAGCUGGUUGGGCUUGAGAGCUUCUCCUUAGCUUUUGCCUCUGUACAGAAACAGGCUAAUGAGAAAAGGGCACUCCGGAAAAAGAGGAAGGCUUUAGAGUUCGUAACUAAUCCUGAUAUUGCUGCCAAGAAAAAGCUGAAGAAACACAAAAAUAAAAGUGAAGCCAAGAAGAGAAAGAUAGAGUUCCUGCGUCCAGCCUAUAAGGCCAAGAGACAAAAGAGCCACAGCCUGAAAGAUUUAGCAAUAUUGGAGUAA